GCCUCAUCCUGCCGAGCCUGCCAAGGGUUGGGCGAGCAAGCUUGGCGCUCUCAAGGCGUGACGACGUUGCGGAUACAGCAUCCAACGACGCUCCAUCCAUGUCCCUAGACUCACAGCCAGUCAACCAUGCGGCAAGAGCGGAGAGGGCGCCGCUGCACCUAGCGAACAUGGUCGUCCAGCAACAUGUGCUGAACUGGCUCUACAGCGUCCUGACCAGCGAAUAUCACGACGUCACCCGAACCUACAACGACGUCGCCCAGGCACUGUCGCAGUAUCCGUCGCUCUCUCCCCGCACCGAUGUUCACACAUUCCCCAACGGCGCAUCCGCGCUGCUCCUCCAUCUGUCGGGAACAAUACCCGUCCUCUUCCGCGGCACGACAUACCGCUUUCCCAUUUCGCUAUGGGUACCACACGCAUAUCCCCGCGAGGCGCCGCUGGUCUACGUGACCCCAACCGACAGCAUGGUAGUACGGCCUGGCCAGCACGUCGAUCCCCAAGGCCAGGUCUAUCACCCAUACCUGGUUGGGUGGUCUACAUUUUGGGAUAAAUCUAGUAUCAUGGAUUUCCUGGCUAUUUUACGCGACAUCUUUGCCAAGGAGCCGCCCGUCAUCGCCCGCCAGCCUGGCCCCCCGCCUCCACCCCAACACCAAACAUCCACGCCGCCCCCUGUCCCUCCGCUUCCGCCUGACCUGAAUACGAGACCAUCGAACGAGAGUCCCUUUCUUGCCCGCGAAGAUGCCACGAGACCGCCCCCACCGCCUCCGAAACCCGGUCAGCGCGUCGAGGUCCAGCAGCCACACUCCCAGGCAGUCUCUCGAUCCGACGGCCCUCCGCUUCCCCCCCUCCCGCCGAACACUAGAGGACAGCCGGCCCGGCAUGGAUCCGAAGGAGCAAGGGUGCCGCAAGAACAACGCACAGGGGCCGGGCCGUCCCGCUACGAGACCGCACCACCACUGCCACCGCAGGAGCUUCAACCACAGCCGCCCCCACGGCCGCCGUUUCCGCUGUCGGCGCAACAUCCCAAUGCAUAUCCCGGCCCUCCCCCGGCAGCCGGGUUUCCCCUGGCUGGGCCGCAUCCCUCAUUCGCACCCGACGAGGCGCGGCGGACGUCGUCUUUCUCUCCGCCCCAACAGUACGCCACACCACCGCAAAACUGGCAACAGCCGCCACCUCCAGCCCAGGCGCCGCCUCCCCAGCCGCGACCUCCCCCUCCGCCCGACCUCAUGGACGAAGACCUGACGCUCACAAUCCCCACACCCUCGUCUGCCCCGCCGCCGCCCAUCCCGCCGAACCCCGAGAAGGACGCGCUGCUGCACCAGCUGGCGCAGACGCUCCACAACAUGCGGCAGCGCUCGCGCGCGCAGAACGAAGCAUCCCUCCUAGGCCUACAAGCGCAGCGCAGCGCAAUGGCGGCGGCCGCCAACAGCCUGCAGAACGAGUCGGGGCAGCUGGGCCAGCUGUCGGCGCUGCUCGGGUCCAACACGGCGAUCCUGCAGGACAGCCUGCGCAAGGCCGACGGCGUCAUCGAGAGCUCGGACCGCCACCCCAAGCCCAACAUCGACGAGCUGCUCGUCGCCCCCACCGUCGUCGGCAACCAGCUGUACGAGCUCGUCGCCGAGGAGCGCGCCCUCGCCGACGCCAUCUUCGUCCUCGGCCGCGCCGUCGAGCGCGGCCGCAUCGCCCCGGGCACUUUUGCCCGCACGACGCGCAACCUCGCCCGCGAGUGGUACCUCAAGAAGGCGCUGGUGCGCAAGAUUGGACAGGGCAUGGGCCUCGAGGCGUGAGGGCGCGAUAUGUGUAUCGAUCGAGAACUUUAGGUUACCUAGGUGCCUUGCACAAAUAGGGCCUCUUUGAGAUUUAAUUACGGCGGUUAAGACAAAAACAUGCAUGGUAGAGUCUAGGUUCGUACACUCUGUAGAUUCAGGUUCGUACACUCUGUAGAUUUAGGGCCUAUUGUGUCAGCCUUGAUCCUUUUCCUCUUGCCGUGUUCUGCAACGACCUUGGAUCCUGAGAGAGUGAAUCGACCAUCAUUACACAACUUUUUGACUAGACGGUCUUGCCAAGGAGUAGAUAAGGUUUCUAGACAAAGUAUUGCGCAGCCGUCGCAGCCGUCGCAGCAUGGGGAUGCGCAAGAUGGAUAUUUACA